GAGAGAGAGAGAGAGAGAGCGCGAUGGUUGAGCUUAUCCGGAGGAAGAAGCAACUAGCAAAGAAGCCUCAGCAGUUGCCCAAGCGGCUUCACUUCAAACAGCCAGCAGGCUACACUCCUAAAGAUUUACAUUUGACAUCAUCGUUUUUUGAAACACAUUAUUAAAGCCUGUGACGCUCUGUGACGCGGCUGGGAUUUUCUUGAAUGUAACUUAACGGCACCAUCAGUUGUUGGACCGGCGUUUUUUUUUGUUUUUUUUCUCCUGCGCCUCCUUGCAGCGGAUUUACAAAAGCCUCUUCGGAGCCUGCGAUGAUAUUCAGCACUCUGGACAGAGACUAAGCGUUUCAGGACCCUGGACAGAGACAAUUUCAGCACCUUGGACAGAGGAAAAGCGUCUCAACACCGUGGACAGAGCCUGAACGUGCACUGGAGGCUGUGGAGAGGCCGGCACGUGGCAGGAGGCGAAAGGGGGGGAAGGAUGGAUCUUCAGCUCGGUGUGAGAGCCUCCCCCCAGGGAAGCCGGCGUCGGACGCAAGGCCUCAUGGGCCGUUGACCUGCUGUCUCUGUGAUUUAUGGCGGCUGGGGGCCUCUGGCCACUGCAGACUGCUCUCCUCUCUCUCCUCCGUUUCCCGUCAUACACACCGCAGGAGUGCAAGGAGCCACACACACUGCGCCACUGUCUACAGGACGAUCCGAAGAGGGAUUCCUCGCACAUGCUGAGCUGCAGCGCCGCCGCGGCUUUGGACACCGCCUCGUACAAAAAUAAACACCCUCAUAAACAUUUCUACACUGCAACAGCGUGUCCUGUAAUCCCAUCACAUGUACAUUAGACCCGAGCGAGUGUUCUCCAAUCUGACUGUGUGUGGAUUACUAUCAGUUAUGGUGUGUCAGCUGUUGAGCCCUCGGUGUGGCUGCUGCUCGUGAGCAGAGGCGGAUCAAUGGAAGUGCGCUGAGUAACGACGUGAUGUUCCUGUUUCCACGUGGUCUGAGAGCAAUCAGCAGCUGACUCCACACACUGCUCUGCUUCGACGCAACAACCGGGACUCUCAUCGCCGUGACUUUUUGUAUUGUUUCUUUAUCUGCUGGACAAAAUUUCUCGUGGACUGCACAGCUGGCAGCCGGGAAAGUUUUUUUUUUUUGCCUGAGCGAGUUGCUUUGCACACCCUCUGGACUAGUGUUUCUUUUUAAAAGCUGGGGACUGUGAGUGAGAGCCAGACGGUGCCCUCACCAUGGUGUUACCGCCCCCAGACAAACGCCACGUGUGCCUCACCACCAUCGUCAUCAUGACCAGCAUGGCCUUCAUGGAUGCCUACCUGGUGGAGCAGAACCAGGGUCCCAGGAAGAUCGGGGUUUGUAUCAUAGUGCUGGUGGGGGAUGUCUGCUUCCUCAUCGUCUUGCGGUAUGUUGCCGUGUGGGUCGGCGCCGAGGUGCGUACGGCCCGGAGAGGAUACGCCAUGAUCCUUUGGUUUCUGUACAUCUUCGUCCUGGAGAUCAAGCUCUACUUCGUCUUCCAGAAUUGCAAGGCCGACAGGAAGAGUUUGGAGACGGUAGCCCGGAAGGCAUUGACGUUGUUAUUAUCUGUGUGUGUACCGGGCUUGUACUUGGUUCUAGUCGCUCUGGAUAGUAUGGAAUAUGUGAGAACUUUUCGAAAGAAGGAGGACAUGAGAAGUCGUCUCUUCUGGGUGGCACUGGACCUGCUGGAUCUGCUGGAUAUCCAGGCCAACCUGUGGGAGCCCCAGCGGACAGGCCUGCCCAUCUGGGCCGAGGGUCUAAUGUUCUUCUACUGCUACAUCCUGCUGCUUAUCCUGCCCUGCGUGUCACUCAGCGAGAUCAGCAUGCAGGGAGAACACAUGACACCCCAAAAGAUGAUGCUGUACCCAGUCCUGAGCCUGGUCACCAUAAACGUGGUCACCAUCCUUAUACGAGGCGUAAACAUGAUUCUGUUUCAGGACAGCCGGGUUUCAACUAUAUUUGUUGGUAAAAACGUGGUCGCCAUCGCUACCAAGGCGUCCACCUUCCUGGAGUACCGCAGACAGGUGAAGGAGUUCCCCCACCCGCAGAACGCGAUGGCGCUCGAGCUGCAGCAGAACUCUGUGAGCCACACGCAGCCGCUGCCAAAUGCCACCAGUUUGCCACAUGAACCUUCGCCCGCUCAGGACGUCAUCGACACAUGACCGCCAGCACUGGACUGAGCCCCAUUAGAAAAGUGACUGCUUUUUAUGUCAGCUUCAGGAGUGGAGGUAGAUAGAGAAAUCAGCUGCAUGACAGGAUGAUAUUCUGCUCUUGUCAUGCCCACAUGAACUGCUGUGAAACCAUAAAAGAGAUUUUCAGCAUCACCUGCCUGUCAGAACACACUGUAAACCUACACUUCACUCUCGAGUGCAGCGUGCAGACUGUAGAAAAUCAAGUCAAAAGGUUUUUAAGUGUGCUGUUGUGUUUUUAAUUGUUUCCAACGUUUUAAAAGUUCAAAAUUUUAGUAAGAGACAAUCUCCGCACUGCGCAGACUGCUGACAUUAUGUUUGUGUAAAAUGGACAGUUGGUUCCCCCUUGGUGAGUAUCUUGUAAUUUUUUUAAAGGUCACAUUUUUAACAGUGCAUCUGUGGCAUUUCCUUUGAAUUCCAGCACCAAAGGACAGAGCACUCAGCAUGAAGCACUGACGGAGACGAGGAGCAGAGAGUGACACGGGUCAGUCAUGGGGGGCCUGACUGUGCCGGGCUAGAGCAGGGGUGGUGUCAGAAGAAUGCUUAUCUGUCUGUGUCUGGGUUCUGCUGAGAAACGAGCUCAGUGGAAGCUGCUGCCUCGGUCAGUGUGGCGCUUUACGACCAAAGGUCUGAUUAAAGCACCAGAGCUCAGCACUAUACCAUCUACUGCAGGCAUCCAAGCGUAUGUUUUACCGUCUGUGUGUGUGUGUGUGUGUGUGUGUGUGUGUGUGUGUGUGUGUGUGUGUGUGUGUGUGUGUGUGUCUAUGUGUGUGUCUCUACGAGCACCCACACUAGUCUUGAGAGAACGAAUGCCUACAAAGCGUAGGGGUUCACCACAGGAGGUUUAGGCUAUUUCACGUUGUUUUGGAGCAAGCAGGAGUGGUUGAUGUGUGUAGUGACUUGCAAAUGACAAAAAUAUAUGUUGAAAAAAAAAAAAAUCAAUAUGAUGGAGGUAAGAUACUUUUUGUUUCCUGUACUGUACAUUCCUCUAAAAAUAGCUCAAAACCUCGAAGUCAGAGAAUGCAGAGAUCAGAGUCCAGAGAGCACCUCGCUGAAGAAUUGACACAAAAAUAAACACAUAAAGACAAAAAUAUACAAACAGAAAAUACUUUUUCUGAUUAUAUUCAGUUUAUUAUUAUCAUUAUUAUAAUUCUGUAUAUUCUUUACUUGUUGGAGGCAAAUGAUGUUUUAAUAAAAGUAUUAUUACAAGAACAACAGAGAGUGGGGGUUCUUUUUUUUUUUUUAAAUUGGUCAUGGUUGAGUAAAUGUCAUCUUUAGCUGAAUUAAAAAGCAUCUGAUGCUAUUUUUGCAACAACAGCUGCAACAUGACAGAAAAGCAGCUUCUGUGAUGUUUUGCAUAGAAGGUUUCACACAGCACAUAAAUAUUCAGGCUGAGCAGCCUCCUUCUGGACUCCGGCGUUAGUUUUUUUUUGGUUUUUUUACCCCUCAGGCUACCGCUUUUGGGGAAAGCAAGCAGAGAAUUUCUGUUUAAAAUAUGAUGAGAUGUAUGAAUCUCUUCUCAGACUGUUUCUCCAUUUUUCCUCCCAAUUCUUUUUUUUUUAUCAUCACCACAUUUUUUUCUGUGUCACUGCGUAUCUUCUCUGCACUUUUCUGUUAUCAGUUACCAACUCCAAACACAGCCGCUCCUUUUUUUUUUUUUUUUUUUUUUCACCCCUAGAGAAUUCUAUGUACCCGUUCAAAGUGAUGUGCCGGGGUCAGCCAUAUGGUUGAAGUCACUUUAUUGUCCUCAGGUUAACGAAUGUCAACUGCUGAUCUCAGCUCACAGACAAGCACCCUCAGACCCUGAACAGCCCGACUCCAUUAACAAUAACUGUCAGCCGCAGAGUGAUGAACAGGCUAAGGAUUACAAGCGAGAGAUGUUUCCUUUUUUUUUUGCUUUACGUAAGCAGUUUACAAAGAUCAUCGUGAUGUCAUUCAUGGUUCUUAAAAUAUGGCAACGCCAAUUCUACUUGAAAAACAGCAGCUUCUUCAAACUGAGCGGACUAUAAAAAGGCUAGGACAAACCAGAGUGCUCAUUUCAUUUACAUAAAAAGGUAAACAUGAGGUCAUUCAAUAAUUUUCUUAAAGCUGUGAUUAAUGUAAGUUAUUCUCAUUUGCAGAGGCAAAACUUCUUCUUGCAUUGUGCUGCAGUAUCCUGACAGCCAUGUAUGGUGUUGUUAUUUUUUUUCAUGUAGAUUUGGGUAAAAUUGUGCUUGGUUGGCGAAUUCUUUCAGUCAGAAUAAGUUUUUUUGCAAAAUGUGCUGAAUAAAACGAGAAAUACACAAAUACUGAGUCAACAAAUGAAACUACACAUACACAUCGAGUUACUGACUUCAGUUCAGUUCCUACACUU